AUGAAAGGAUUCUUUGCAGGUGCGGAUCAGGCUGGAGGCGAAAUUGCUCUUUUUGCAUGCCGUUCCUUGAAUCUGAGGAAAUGUCCGAGCAAAAAGCCGACGGAACAGGAUUUCGUAUCGACGUUGCCAAAUCUGGACGCGUUAAGAGAUGAUAAAGGGGACGCCGCCUCCAUGCCAGACCACAAAUCUGCCGUUGAAGGAAUCACAGCGAGGCCAAACAAAAACACAUGUUCUACCAUAAGCGAAAAAUACAUCGCCGCCUACCUUUUAGAUCCGAGGCGGCGCGGUGUUCACGACAAGUCGCCGCCCCGCGCCCGACGAGAGAAUGCGACCGUCGCGUCUGGCGCGCCAGUGCUGCGAAAUGUCGAUAACGACAUUCGCCGCAUUAAUCGAAUGAACUAUAACACAUUUUCUGCUUUAAAGGGUCAAAAUGAUCCCUUAAGACUCUUUAAGCAUACCAACAAGUCCAAGUCUCAUGCGCAUUGUAGCUAA